AACCUCAGGAACGAAAUCAACUUAUUGUCUUUUACAUUGUUAGUGGGGAAUUAACUACAAUGAACUGAAACUCUUUCUAAAAUCAAUCAUCAAGUAGAUCAAAGUGACGCAUAAGCCAGUAGAGUCCAGAGUCGUUUUUGCACUGAAUGUUGUACGUUAGAGGAAAUGGCUGUGGAAAGCAUGACUGUCCAUCCAAACUCCCCAACAACAGCCAACCACGAACACAACAGUCUUCUCACUGACGAAAGGCGUGAGGAUGGAGAGUUGGAGGAGGGUGAACUGGAGGACGAUGGAGGAGAGAUGGAGGUGCCCAGCGGUGACGGGGCAGAGCCUGAGGAAAAGCCGCGCCGCAGCAAAGAACGCCACAGCAGCAGCUCAGACGAGGAGAAAGCCCACCGACGGAAACGCAAGAGGAGGAAGGAGAGGGAGCGGGAGAAGGAGAAGAGGAGGUCCAAGAAAAGACGCAAAUCGAAACACAAACGGCACGCCUCCUCUAGUGACGACCACUCAGACUUCAGCGAUGAGUCAGAUUACAGCCCCAGUGAGAAGAGGAAAUAUCGGGAAUACAGCCCACAGUAUCCUCCUUCGUCCCAUGGAGGGUACCCUCCCCCACCCUCUGGCCAUGGUGGGCCUAUGCCCAAAAAAGGCAAUUACAUGAAGAUGGACAAGCAGGGCUAUGGUGGCUAUGACGACUAUGAUGAGGAGAACUAUGAGGGUGAGGAGGAUGAGGAAAUGGGUGAAGAUGACUAUGACGACUUCACCAAGGAGCUGAAUCAGUACCGCAAAGCCAAAGAGGGUGGAGGAGGAGCAGGGCCAAACAGCCGUGGCAGAGGUGGCAAAGGUCGAAUGAAGAACCAGAGGGGUCGUGGCAGAGGAGGGAUGAGAGGCCGCGGUGGGAGAGGAGGCAGCAGGGGCCGAGGACGGGGAAAGAUGGGCGGGGAAACGGAUGAUGGAGACGGCAUGUAUGGAGAUGAAAUGGAGUAUGGUGAUGAUGACUAUGAAAACAUGGGUGACGAUGACUAUGAUGAUUAUUCAAAAGAACUCAAUCAGUACAGGAAGUCAAAAGAUCGGGGACGUGGUGGUAAAGGCGGGCGUGGCCGUGGCAGGGGUAAAGGCGGCCGGGGAAUGAACCGCGGUCGUGGGAGGAACAGAGGGAGGGGCAGGGGAGGAGACCAGGGUCACGACGAAGACAACAACGGAGAUAUGGACAUGGGGGAUGGAAGUGGUGGUCCACGGCGGAAUGAUCAGGAAAAACAUGGACAAGAUAAGAAGGGCAAGGCCAUUUGCAAGUAUUACAUCGAAGGCCGAUGCACAUGGGGAGACCACUGUAACUUCAGUCACGACAUUGAGCUGCCUAAGAAGAAAGAGCUUUGCAAGUUCUACAUCACCGGUUUCUGUGCCCGAGCUGACAACUGCCCCUACAUGCAUGAGGACUUCCCGUGCAAGCUGUUUCACACUACGGGGAACUGUGUGAAUGGAGAAGAAUGCAUGUUCUCCCACAAGCCUCUGACAGAGGACACUAAGGACCUGCUAGACAAGAUGCUGGCAGAGGAUGCAGAAGCUGGAGCUGAGGAUGAGAAGGAAGUUGAAGAGUUGAAAAAACAAGGCAUCAAUCCGUUGCCUAAGCCCCCGCCAGGAGUGGGUCUCCUCCCAACACCUCCAAGGCCGGUCCCAUCGGACUCCUCCGCCCCUAUGGACUUUGGAAUGUCUGGGCCUCCCCAAGGGAACAUACCUCCCACUGGCCCCCCGGGCCCUGGCCCUGGUCCUGGCCCUGGUCCCGGUCCCGGUCCAGGUCCUGGUCCUGUAGCUGGACCUUGCCCUGGACCGCCGAUCCCCGGGCCGGACAAUGUCCCCUUCCAGGGACCGCCAAACCCCAACGGUCCCCCUCCGCCACCUGUGGGCCCACCACCGCCUUGUGCUGGAAAUGCAGGGAAGAAGAUCCCUUCCCUGUUUGAGAUUGUGGUUCAGCCCACUGGGCAGCUAGCUCAGAAACUGGGAGUCAGAGGUCAAGGACCUGGUACUGCUGCUGGUCCUGCCGGGCCCCAGGGCCCUGCUGGAGGCCCUCCGGCUGGACCCCCACCACGUUUCCCGGGGCCACCUCCACCUGGACACAUGGGUCCUAAUGCUACAGGUAUGAUGCCUUCUGGGCCCCAUGACAUGCCUCCAAUGGGCCCGCCGAACAUGGCCCAGGGUCCCCCACCCAUGGGCCCGGGGCCUCCCAUGAUGCCCAACUUCGGCUCUGGAGACGGGCAACACCCGGGCAUGAUGCCCCCAGGGGGUGCACCCUCAGGAAACUUCUUCAACAACUUCUACAACCAGCAGCAAGGAAUGACGAUGGAAGGCGGCGGAGAAAAGGGUGAUGGUUUCCAGGAUUACGGUAACCGGGGUGACGGAACAGGAGGAAACUUUGGUGAGCAGACUCCAGGGAACCAGAACACGGAGGGUCCAGGUGCCCAGGCCAGUCAGCAGGCUGGGAUGGCAGUGCCAGACUUCCUGCCCCCUGCCCAGCGGGUUCUGUUCAUGAGGAUCCAGCAGAAGCAGCAGGAGGAGGAGGAGAGAGCCAAGAGGCUGGCCGAGGGAGGAGCAGAGAGAGACAAUGAAGGAGAUUCAGCAAAUUGGUAUUCCAGCGAAGACGAGGACGGUGGAGGAAGCGUAACGUCCAUCCUCAAAACACUCCGGCAGCAAUCCCAGGGUGCCACUAAAGCAGAAGGGCCUCCUAGCGAUCCCCGUCUGCAAAAGGCAUCGCCCUCUCAGGGCCCCAGCCGGCCCAUGGACCCUAGACUUGCCCGUGACCCGCGCCUCUCCAGGACCACAGACUCAGCCCAGCCCUCCGAGGCCAGCCCUAGCUCCCACUCCGCUCCGGCAUCCACCUCUUCUGCCCCCGUCGACCCCCGCCUAGCCCGACACGGCACCACCUUCACCCCCAAACCGGAGACCCCGCCCGUGUACAAACCACCACCCCUCGCCCCAGCCCCCGCCACAGAGGAGGAGGAAGGAGAGAGGGUGCUGCGUGACAAACCGGUGCCCAUCCCUCUGGACCCCCUCAUGGGCAUGGCCUUGAGAGACCCCCGCUCCCAGCUACAGCAGUUCAGCCACAUUAAGAAGGACAUUGUGCUCAGCAUGCCUCACUUCGCCAAGGCUGUUCUCUGGAGCCCCGAGGACCUCAUCCCUGUGCCCAUCCCAAAACAGGACUUCCUUCCGCUGCCCCCUGGAAUCCCUCCCGUAACCUCCAUAAGCCCAAGGUUAUCUCGAGCCCAGCAACAAAUGCACACUGCCCUUCCCGCUCCUCUCGCUGCCCCCGCCCCUUCCUCCGAACCACCCAAUCAGCCUUCGUCAUCUCUCCCAGACUUUGAGCUGCUCUCCCGCAUCCUCAAGACUGUUAACGCCUCUGGCCCGACUCCCGGAGCCCAGCAGGCAGCUCCUCCAGUGGCCCUGUCGGGGGUAUCUCCGCCCUCCUCCGUCCCCUCCGACAAGCCUGUGGACCCUCGCAUGGCCCGCAAAGCCCCAGCAGACCCCCGGCUGCAGCCCCAGAAAUCUGCACUCAAACCUCCAUCCGAACCCUCCGCCCUUUCGGCUUCGACGUCGGCCGUUACCUCAACGCCUCCCACCACCACACCCACCAUCGCGCCUUACGACCCUCGGCUGUUGUCGUCGGGAGGGGCAGGGCGAGGAGUGGGGGGCGUUGGCACGGGUGGCGACACCAGUAGUGUGCUGAGUGGAAUCAGUCUCUAUGACCCUCGGACUCAAAGCACAGAAAAGACGGAAGGUUCGGGGGCGGCCGCUAACACUAGCCUCGCCCCAGAACCUAAGCCCAGCGAGGGGACGUCGACCAAGCCCAAAUCGAAAGAGCCCCUCUUUGUUCGCAAGUCUGCCCUGGACCAGCCGGAGAUGGAGAAGAGCAGCGGGGAGCAGACGACAGAUCGCUACAACAGCUACAACCGACCUCGACCCAAACCUGCGCCGUCACCCUCCGCUGGGGUCACCGGGGGACCGGCUGCUCCCGGGGGACCCUCGGCCGGUCAGGGCCCCUCUGCCGCGGCGGAGCAGCCUCCGGCGGCCGUGCACAACCUGCCCGUGUCCACGCUCUUUAGCAUGGUCAAGCAGAGCAGCAAACCCAGCGGGACCGGCAGCCCGUUUGGCGGUAACAGCCCCGCCCAGCCGGAGAACUCUGAGCAGGACAAUGCCUCUCUCAAAGAUGUUUUCAAAGGCUUUGACCCCACGGCAUCGCCCUUUUGCCAGUGAACUCUCACCCUGGCCUCCUGCGUGGCGCGUGCGUGUUGAGAUUGGGACAGGUGUGCGGUCCAGAAGAGGACUGGUGUUUGGAGGAGAGGGACUAUGCCUCUCCAGACUGUACCACAGACAGUGUUGGCUGAUCAGAUUAUUUUGUAUGGACUGGCACGGCACUGAGAGGGAUUAUGUUCGUAUUUGAUGGCAAGUGUAGAAUCAAAAAAAGUCUAUUUUAAACCAAAUGACAUAACAUUUAAAUAAAUAAAUGUAUCCAUUUUAAGAGCGUCUUUUUCGGACUGUACACAUUCAGAGGUAAUCUUGAAAAACCCUUGGCCUGUGGGCUUUAUUUUAUUUCGUUGUCAUCCACUCUCUGGUUCUGUUGAAGGAUAACCCAUACCCACUCCCUCUGCUCAGUGUCUGUUCUCUGAGCUUUUCCCCUGUCCAGUCCGGUGACCUGGAAUUCCUGGAGUCUUCCUCCCCAGUCUAAGCACUGAAAGCGCACUGGGUUAGGUCACCGCCAGUCACUUUGUCCAGUCAGUUCUGCAAGCGGGAGAAAAACCAUUGACAAACUGCACUGCCACUUCCCGUGCUUCUGGAAGAUUUACAACAAAAAUGACCCUUCCCCCUUUUGAAUUUCCCCGUUGUCUCAAACCCCACUGUUAGCUCAGGCACCCCAGUCUUCUGUGUGAGGUUGAGAUUUUAUUUGAAAUAUUUUAGCUCUAACUUUGUCUGAGCUCUGAUGGUUAGCCCCUGUCUCUCUCUCUCUCUUUUUUUUUUUUUCCUCCUUCUAUGGGGGGCAGACAGACAUCCUUCUCCUCACUAUGGGUUUGGAGCUCCUGAAACUCCUUAAUGCCAGUCUGAGUAACAAAACUGUACAGAUAAAACUCACCGCUGUUAUUGGUGUCUUUCUGUCAUGUGAAAU